AGAAACAAAAACCCUAACCAUUAUAUUAUAUAUACCCUUGAUUUGCAAAUUGCAUACUUACAUUCACUCACUCAUUCAUUUGCUGCUCAAAGAUAUUCCUGUGUCUGAUCUGAAGAAAGAGCUAGAGAUGGUUAGAGUAAGAAUUUAGGAGCCAUGGAUAGAAUUAACUCAAAAUUAGGCAUUACUUCUGUCUUCUUCUUAGUAACAUACUUCUUAGCAGUCACAAUUUCACCUGAUCAACAAGUUAACGCUCGAGCAUUCUUUGUUUUCGGUGAUUCACUUGUCGAUAACGGGAAUAACAACUAUCUUACAACAAGUGCCCGUGCCGAUUCACCGCCGUAUGGUAUUGAUUACCCAACUGGUCGGCCAACCGGACGUUUCUCUAAUGGCCUUAACAUGCCAGAUCUUAUCAGCGAACAACUUGGUGCUGAACCUACAUUACCAUAUUUAAACCCUCAGUUGAAAGGAGAAGCUCUACUUGUUGGUGCCAAUUUUGCGUCAGCCGGGGUUGGAAUUCUCAGCGACACCGGAGCACAAUUUUUACACAUAAUCCAUAUAGGCAAACAAUUGGAGUACUUUGAGCAAUAUCAAGAAAGAUUAAGAAAGUUAAUUGGAGAAGAUGAAGCCCAAACACUAGUAAACUCAGCUCUUGUACUCAUAACCCUUGGUGGAAAUGAUUUCGUUAACAAUUACUAUCUAGUUCCAUUCUCAGCCAGAUCUCGACAGUUCUCCAUCGAAGAUUACGUUUCUUUCCUCAUUGUCGAAUACAAGAUAAUUUUAUCUAGGCUGUAUAAUUUGGGAGCAAGACGGGUACUUGUGACAGGAACCGGUCCGCUGGGUUGUGUGCCAGCAGAGAUAGGAAUCAGACAAGCUCUAACCGGAGAAUGUGACCCGCAACUACAAAAGGCAGCAAGGUUAUAUAACCCUGCCCUAGAACAGAUGCUGAAUGGACUCAACGAGGAAGCUGGUGAUCACGUAUUUAUCAGCGCCAAUGCUUUCGAAAUGCACAACGAUUUCAUCAGUAAUCCACAAGCUUUUGGCUUUGUUACUUCAAAGAUUGCUUGUUGUGGACAAGGGCCGUACAAUGGAAUAGGGCUUUGCACAUCUUUUUCAAACCUUUGCCCUAACAGAGACGUAUAUGCCUUUUGGGAUGCUUUCCAUCCAAGUGAGCGCGCUAACAGACUCAUUGUUUCGAAGUUCAUGAUUGGUGAUGAGAAAUAUAUGAAGCCAAUGAAUCUCAGUACUAUUUUGGCUUUGGAUUCAAGGGUCUAACUUAUUAUUAAUUUACCCUUAUUAUUUAUUAUUCAUCUAAUAGCAAAUGUAGUACUUGAAAUGCUGGUUCUUAUAAAACUUUAGAGUGUUGCAUGAAUUUCAUUUUGACCAAACAAAAAAACUAAAUAAAUAUAUUUAGAGUGUUGAAUGGCAAAGUUUAAUACGGAUGUUUAUUUGGUA